AUGCUGGUGGCACCCGUUGGGCCUGCUGACGUGUACUCAGCUGCGCUGGGUGGCAUCUACGGCUACGCCUCAGCAGGCCGCCUGCCCUGUGUGGCGGGCCACGACGGCGUCGGCCUCGUCGCCAGGGUCGGCCCAGGCGUCAAGGGGGCACUGGCGGAGGGCGAUCUAGUGCAGCCGGCCGCCCCCCUCAUGGGCACCUGGCGCGCAGCUGCCGUAUGGAGGGCCAAGGCCCUGACCCGCGUCGGCUCCCUCGGCGCCCGCUGGCGCGACGCGGCCGGCGGCGGCGGCGCGGCGGCCGCGGCGAUCUGCCGGGACGCGGCCGGGGCCGCGGGGGCGGCAAACGGUGGUGCAGGGGGCAAGGUCAGGGGGGAGAUCAAGGGUGACGAUUCCACUUCCACAUCUCGUCUGGGUGGCGGUGUGGAUGUGUUGCUGCCCCUGGAGUAUCUGGCGGUUUCAAGGGAGCUGCUGGCGGCCUACAGGCUGCUGGAGAUGCAUGACCUCAAGCCCGGCGACUGCGUCAUCCUCAACGCCCCAAACUCGACCGUCGGCCGCGCGGUGCUGCAGCUGGCGCGGCUGCUCAAGCUCCGGACCCUCGCGCUGCUGCGCCCGCCUGCGGCGUCGCCGCCGCCGCCGCCUGUCAACGACAGUCAGGGCGGCGUCGGCCCCGCUCGUCAGCAGGGGGCGGCCACAGACACCGGCGACGCGGGCGGGAGGGACGAAGCGCGGUGGCGGCAGGUGGCGGAGCGGUUGGUUGCGCUGGGGGCGACGCACGUGCUGAGGGAUGAGGGGGCCAUCCAGGCGCAGCUGGGCCCGCUGAAGCACUUUGCCCGCCCCUCCCUCGCGCUGGACGCCGUCGGCGGCGCCUCGGCCGCGCGCAUGGCCGACGCGCUCUGCGACGGGGGCACCCUGGUCGUGUACGGCUGCCUGGGCGGCGCGGCCCCGGCCCUCGAUUGGAAGGCCUACGUCUUCCGCGGGCUGACCCUGAAAGGCUUCAACGCCCGCGCCUGGGCCGCCGCCCACCCGUCCCGCGCGGCGCGCGCGCUGGCCUCUAUCUCGCGCCUCGUGGCCGCGGGGCUGCUGUCCCUUGAGUUCACAGAGUACGAGUUUAAGCCCGAGUGGCGCGACGCGGCCGAACAUGCUGCGGGGGAGCAGCAGGGGGGGCCGCGGGGCGGCAGCCGGGCGCUGAUGAUGAUGCCCGGGCUGGCCGCAUUCCGGGGGCACGGCGGGGCGGAGCCGUAG